GUCGUCAGUUAUAAUGGAUUUUAUUUACCUCUGUUAUGUUUUUUAUGUUUUACAUUUUAGUUACAAUGAAUUCAUAUAUGUUGGAUAUAAAUUGCGCAAUAAUACAAAACAGUGAUGUAACUAAUUGGGUAUUUAAUACAAAGAAAGUUGAAUCAUCAAAUCGACAAAGCGACACGUCUGACCAUACUGCCCAAACUGUAAGUUAUCAAGAAUAUUUUCGAAAUUCAAAAAGAAGCAACAAAACUUACAAUUUAAAAUCUAACAUUUUCGAUAAAAUGCUGUCAGACGAAAUGUUAAUUAUACAACAGAAUUUGCAUAGAAAAGACAUAAACCAAAUUCCUUCUGUAUACAUUUCUACAGCGAAUAAUGCUCCGACGCCUACACUUGAGGUUAAACAAAAAUGGUCAGUCAUGAAUUUUCUAUCUAAUACAUUAAAUGAGUCUUAUCAUACAGAUGGUACACAAAAUGAAACAACUAAUAAAAUUAAUAAAAUCAAUAAAGAAGGUAGUGACAACAAACAAAUAUGUUAUAACAAUUCUAGAAAUAAAAUUGUUGAACUUCGUAGUUUAAAUGAAUCACCGGAUAUUACAUCAGAAUAUUUAGAGAAUGGAAGAAUAUGUACAUGUAUGAAUACAAAUACAUAUACAAGAUGCAAUCAUAAAUGUACAGGUCCUAUUCAAGAACAUAUAACACAUAGUAACACCGACCAUCUUUGCUCCAGAACUAUAACAAGAAGUAAAGACACACAACCAAAUAUACCAUUUUUUAUUACUACAGAAAUGUAUAAUUUUUAUACAGUAACACCAUACCCUAUAUAUUAUACAUGGAUAGAUGAUAUAAAAAAGAAAAAAUCUAAACAUAGAAAGAAUAAAAAACCCGAACAUCUACAUAGUAUAUAUUAUGAUAACAGUGAAGAAAAUAAUAGUCUUGAAAAUACUGAUUUUGAUGAUGAUAUUAUUGAAAAAAUUAAACACAAAAUAAAUCCAGAUAAAGAUGAAGAUAAAGGGAAGUCAUCUGAAGGAAAAAAUGUAGUUAUUAAUGUAGAAUAUGAAGAUAAAGAAACACUAAACAACGAGAAGAGCGAUGAUGGUGGAAUAAACGAUAUACUUGAGCAAGGAGAAAUACAAAUUUCUGAUAAAGAUAAAUUCACUAAUCAAAUUGUUAGUGAUUUGAAAAAGUAUUACAAUGAUGUGGUGAUAAAAGAUUGUUACUAUGUAUCGGAGCAAGAGAGCGAAGUGUUCUGCGGCUGUUGUGCAUGUUCUUCCCUGCUCGGAUCAUCGCUCGGUGGAGUCGAGGCAGGCGGGGAGAUGCACGACAUCCGCGCACUGGCUUGA